CACACAAGCGGAAGAUUCAAAAAAGAUGGCGGCGGCUGAAAAUGGUCCCCAAAACAAACACAAACUCCAAAGGAGGACAACAAAGUGCAGUGUUUUCAACAGCCAGGAAACGCUAACCACGAGCCAGCCGGUUAUUUUUAACCCGGACUUCUUUGUGGAGCGGCUUAGACAUGAGCACCCACAGAUCUUUGCAGAUUUAUUACUUAGCAACAUCAGUCGGCUCAUUGAUCUUCCAGGAGAUGAAUUUGCUCAGCUUACAGGAGAGGCUGAGCCCAGGGUUCCCUCCUCCAGUGGAUUUCUACGUUCCUUUAAUUUCCUGAAGCGAAAAGACAAAGGAGUGGUUUUUGGUGCUCCAUUAACAGAAGAAGGAAUAGCACAGAUCUAUCAGCUCAUUGAAUACUUGAGUAAAAAUGUUCAUGUGGAGGGUCUGUUCCGGGUGCCAGGAAACAGCUUACGACAGGCUGCCCUCAGGGAAAUGUUGAAUGCUGGCACAGAGAUAGAUCUGGAGACAGGCGACUUCCACCCUAACGAUGCCGCUACAUUACUUAAAACGUACCUGGGAGAACUGCCUGAGCCUCUGCUCACUCACAGACACUACCAUGCCCAUCUGAAGAUUGGAGAGCUCACUCUCUUUGAUGAAAAAGGGGAUAAGACCAACCUGCCUGACAAAGAACGUCAGGUUGAGGCUUUCCAGCUGCUGUUCCUGAUUCUCCCAUCAGCCAACCGUAGCCUGUUGAAGCUGCUGUUGGACUUGUUGUACCACACCGCUCGCAAUCAGCAAAUAAACAAAAUGUCUGCAAUUAACCUAGCCACAAUGUUUGCUCCACACAUCAUAUGGCCUAAAAAUGUCACAGCAGGUGAUUUGCAGGGAAACAUUGAGAAACUGAACAAAGGCAUAGCAUUCCUCAUCAGGCAUUCACAGAAACUAUUCAAGGCCCCAGUGUAUGUCAAAGAAUACGCCCGCUUGUACUUCACAGGGUCGAAGUCACUGCAGUCAAAGGAUGACUCCACACUGUUUUCUGUGACCCAAGUUGGUCAGAUCACCACAGGGGAAGCUGCCCCUUCCUCUCCCAUCUUUAGACCAGUGGCAAACACUGUGGGGAGCCCAUGUGCCUCCAGGUCAUGUGAGACCCAGAGUUACACUGAGUCUGCCCUCAAAGAGCUGUACCAGCAGGUCAGCAACAUGCCGGAGUCUGCCAAAAAGAAGAAACUCAUCAGACAAUUUGAAAAGCAGCCUUUGUUGACUCCUUCCUCUGAAUCUAAAGCCCCAUUCAAAUGUGUUUGCACCACAUACCUCCAAAAUCUCCAUGUAUCACAAGUAUGA